GUGCAUUAUACAAUGCACAUCCUGCCAUAUUUUAUUGUUUAAGCUAAUAUUAACAUGUCAUUGGUAAUAAAUGCAUGUUUUUCUGCAUAUCUGCUCUACAUAUGGCAAAAAUGAAGUUAGGGCUACUUAAGAGACACUUUAUGCAUUCUUAGUCCAGAUUUUCAGGUGGUCCAUAAUACAAUGUAUGGAAAUGUGAAAAAGGACAGUUUUGUACCAUUCAUGAUGUUAUUAACUAAACCCAUUAAAGUGAAAACACUUUUUAAACAAAAACCUUAUAAUGCUUAGUCAUUUAUUGUUAAAAUAUCAAGUCUUGAAAAGUUAGAUUGUUGGAGACAAAUUGGCAAUUUAGACUACAUUUUCUGAUUGCAAUAUGAAGAAAUACAGUUCUAGGGUUUGGGGUUGUUUUUCCACUACAUUACAUGAAUGGAACAUGUCUGGUUGAUCUGGGACUUUUACAGUUGUGGGUUCUAAAUGUUCUGAAUUAAUUUUCACAAUGUAUCUGCCAGGUCUUAAACUACUGUGAUGAGUGAGGAGCCAGACAGUUGGGGUAAGAUGGAGAAUACUGCUGUGAUUCAGGUGGUUUUUUUCCUACAGUAUUUUCACUUGUUCUAUUUCUUGCUAAACUAGAAUAUCAUCUCUGUGCACCUAUGGGAAGAAAUGGUACUCCAGAGAGUUUUGUUAUUUUUUUUUCCCCACAAAUUACAAUUAAUUACCCUGGAUAGACUUAGGACUGUUUUUCCUUCAGGCAAAGGGCUGGAUCCCAUGCUGUGGGUAUUGCCCAUAAGAUCUAUAGUUGGAGAAAAACGUGAAUCUGAAGGGCUGGAAUAUUUUUUUUUAAUGACUCUCUUUAUAAGCUGCUUCCCAAACCAAAAUGAGUAUAAAAUGAGUCAUUUGCCCAUGAAGUUGAUUGUUGUUUUCUCCAAAAAAAGACAUUAGGAAGCAAGUAGACAGAGAAUGUCCUGUUGCAGUGUGGAAGCUGAGGAUUUUGAUACUGCAUUUCAGAUAUGUUAUAAUUUUAUGAAGUUGGUUUUUUUUAAAGUAAAAGCAAGGCAAGAAGCUGAAUGUCCACAGCUUUUUAAAAGAGAUCAGCAGCUCCUGCUAUCAGCAAUUUGUGGGUAAGUAUCUUAGGCAGUCAAAAUUACUUGCUUUGCAUUAGGUAUUUGCCUCUCCCAUAGAUAACCAACAAAUCUUUGUUUCAUUUCCAGAAACUGAAGUACAGAAACCUGUCUUAAAAUUCUUUUAAUUUGAUCUCUUAUGAGAAUACAGCACUAAAUACAGAGAACAAGAUGUUUAUAAAGGAGAAAAAUAAAUGUGCAACGUCCAGCAACUUUGUUUAAACAGCCAGAGAGGUGGUUUGACCACAGUCAAUGGACUUUGUACUAAAGGAGUUGAAGAGAAUGCUCACGUGUUCUGGGAGAAUCCAAGUGUUGCAAUUCUGGAACCAACUGGCUUAAAAAAAACCCCCACAAACCAGGCUUUAGCUUGGCCCAGAAGCCGUUCGGAGCGACGUACGUCUGGAGCAGCAUUAUCAGCGCUCUCCAAACUCAAGUGGAAGUGAAAAAGCGCCGCCAGAACCUGAAGUGCCACCAUGACUGUUUCAUUGGCUCAGAUGCUGUGGAUGUUGUCUUUGCCCAUCUCCUACAGAACAAGUAUUUUGGGGAUGUGGAUAUUUCCCGUGCUAAAGUAGUGCGCGUGUGCCAGGCGCUGAUGGAUUACAAAGUGUUUGAGGCUGUUUCGACGAGGGUCUUUGGGAAAGACAAGCGGUCUGUGUUUGAAGACAGCAGCAGCAGCCUCUACAGGUUCACAAAUGCCUCAAACCAAACAGAAUUUGAUAAAGACUACCUGCAGUGUACCCCACAAAGACAUGAGAAGAGCAUGUUGUUCCACUCCACUCCUGUCAAACCGGAAAACUUGGAGGAUCUUUGGGAAAACCUGAGUCUAAAGCCUGCAAAUACCCCUCAAGUAAACAUCUUGGAUAGUUUGUCCCGUCGAGUUAUUAAUGAAGUGUGGCAAGAACAAACAAUCGCUCGUCUGCUGCAGCUGGUUGACCUUCCCCUCCUGGAGUCUCUGCUGGAGCAUCAAGAGAUCAGACCUCAGCCAAGGAAGGGAGCUGGGUAUGUCAUCACAAGCACCUACCUAGACAGAGAGAUCCUCAAGGCUUUCAGUGACUCACAGACAGACGAAUGGCUCUCGGCAGCGAUAGAUUGCUUGGAAUACCUUCCGGAUCAUAUGGUGGUGGAUAUUAGCAGGAACUUGCCUGAUCAGCCAGAUCAAGCAGAUGCAUGGAAACUGCUGCUGUUUGACAACAUUGGUAGAUGCUACAGCCAAAAAAAGGAACCGCUGUUAAGCCAUGCACCUGAAAUCCAUUUAGGAAUUGCAGAACUUUUAGUGAAUGGGAAGAUGGAGCAAUCUUUAGAAGCUCUUCAACUGUAUUUGAAACUUCUAGACAGCCAAGUCAGGGAGGAGUUCAGGAGACUGUUGUACUUCAUGGCUGUUGCAGCACACAGUUCUGAGCUCAAACUACAGAAGGAGAGUGACAACAGGAUGGUUGUGAAAAGAACAUUCUCUAAAGCUAUUAUCAACAAUAAAAACUUAUCCAGAGGGAAAACUGACCUCCUGAUCUUGUUCCUUGUGGACAACCAAAGAGAUGUGUUAAAGAUCCCGGGGACACUGCAUAAGAUGGUCAGCAAUAAACUGCUGGCUUUGCAGAAAGGCCAGGAUCCCAGUAAGAUAACAGGCUAUACCUUUUGCCAAAAACUUGAUGAAAGAGAGUAUCGCUCCAAUACGGAGAAGACCACGAGAGAUGAGCUGUUGUCUCUGUUGAAAGCCAUCGAUGAAGACUCAAAGCUCUCUGACAAAGAGAGAAAGAGACUGCUAGACCAGUUUCAUAGUAGUAAUCCAAGUAUUUUUAUGCAGUAUUUUGGAGACAGAGUUACUAAUAUGUGUGUGUGAGACUUUAAAUAGAGAUUACUUUGUAUACUCCAGCAUUGAAAACACUAAUAUAUUUGUAAAUUUUUGUAUUCAUGUAUUGUGCCUAAUAAAGUUAUUUUGUGGAAA